AAUUCAAGAGAUGUUGCACGUUGCAGCACUCCUAUGAUGUGCCAUUUCAUGCUUGCGAAUCACACAGCAUGGAUAUGCAUACUGUAUUCUGAAGCAAGCAAGCAAGGCAUAUGCUAAUUAAAGGGUUACAGUAUCUUAGAUCUAUAAAAUAUGGAUAUAUAAAAAAAAAUGCGUGUCUUAAAUGCUUAAGAUCCAGUAAGGAAGGGAAGGAUAUGAUAGAGAUGAACCGAUAGGAGAGACAAUGGCAGAAUCUGGUAGUGAGUUCCCAGGGUUCCAAAUUUGUGUUCACAAAGAGGAACUGGUAUUUAGAAGGCCACUGAGCAGGCUUCAAAGACAAGCCCCUCGUCCUUUGCAGAUUAAGCCUAAUGCUGAUGGCAAGGCUUCACCAUCACAAGCAAUGGACUUCAAUUUAAAGUCAUCAUCAUCAUCAUCAGUAGCAGUAGCAGCAACAUCUUCGACUUCAUUUAGUUCCUUCUAUCAAAGCAAAGAUCCCAUUCCUCUACUAUCACCUCUUGUUUUGCCUACUUUGCUUCAAUCAUCUUAUCUCCAUCAAGAAGGGAAUACAGCACCAUAAAUCUCUGUGAAAGGUGUUAAGGAUUCCUUGUUAUAAAUACGUAAUUUAUCUUGUCUUCCCUGUGUUUCACAUUGGAUUGUCAUUACUAUAUAUUUUCUGAUACUCUUUCUGUUUACUAAAACUCAUGUAUUUAACAGCAUUUGAAGAAGCAUUCCAUUUCAUUGAUUUUAAUGGUUUAUAUCACUCUACCAAUAAUUCGUAUAUGUUAUGA